UUUUCUUCGCGCGAUGGAUGCGGGGCUUGAAAAUCACCCUAGUCCACCAUUCCUCAACACUACUACGCUUCCCGCCGCGGAACAUUCGGGUAGCAACGCUAAAACUUCAAUUAUUUGAAUCAUGGCGGAACCAGUGACUACGACCCAGGAACCGAUUGAGCCUAUUGCCGCGCAUGAGCGGGCAGAUGAGGAGGAUGAGUUUGAGACGUCGGACUUUGACUCGGCGACUUUAUCGUCUAGUUCGACGAGUUUGAACACGAGUAUCUAUCAGCAUGCUUUUGAGAAUGGAAGACGGUAUCAUCAAUAUCGUCAUGGAACGUGAGGAACCUGGGGGUGCAUGUUGCGAUGGAUAGCUGAUAUGGACAGGUAUCCGAUCCCUAAUGACGAUGCGGAGCAGAACCGCGACGACAUGAAGCACGCCAUGAUGUUGGAGCUCACCAAUGGCAACUUGUUCUUCUCGCCCAUCGUGGGCAACCCCCAGAAGAUUAUUGAUCUCGCAACCGGAACUGGUAUCUGGGCCAUCGAUGUCGCCGAUAAGUUCCCCAGCGCAUCUGUGGUAGGAGUCGAUCUUAGUCCCAUUCAACCAUCAUGGGUUCCCCCCAAUCUCAAGUUUCUCGUCGACGACAUCGAAGACGAGUGGAUGCACGGCGGCGACUUCGACUUUGUGCAUAUGCGCUGCAUCAGCCCCUGGCUAAAAGACGAAGUCAAGGUUCUUCGUCAAGCACAUGACCACAUGAAGCCUGGCGCUUGGAUCGAAAUACAAGAACUCGAUGCUCGCGCCAACUGCGAUGACGGCUCCCUGGCUCCCGACGCCCCUCUUGCCAAGUUCUUCGACAUUGCUGAGCAAGCCGUAGCCAGCUUUGGUAUGAAGUUCCGUGCGGGCGAGAACUUGCGUGAGCCGCUUGAGAAAGCUGGCUUCACCAAUGUAUCCUGCAAAGUCCUCAAAGUUCCCAUCGGAACAUGGGCAAAGGACAAGAAGCUCCGCCUCAUUGGAUUGUACCUCAAGACCGCUGUCAGCGACAUGUUUGGCGCCAUGGCGGCCAAGCCCCUUCGCAAGAUCUUGGGGCCUGAAGAGAUCGAGGUCUUCCUGGCUGAUGCGAGAAAGGAUCUGAAUAAUGUCAACAUCCAUUCUUACGAGAAGUACUACUUUUGGAUGGGACAGAAAGCCGAAGAGUAGGGUAUUUUCGGGAUUGGGUGUUUAGUUGCCAGUAAGAACCUUGGAAAGUGUUCUCCUGUGAGGGCAGUUAGUAACUACUGGUGCUUUGGGAUGAUCGUGGUAGAGAACUUAAGCCAUUUCCGGUUUCAAUACCACGUCGACCAGCUGUAGCACCUUUGAGCGAAUAAGCAUUGCAUAUCACUGCAGUAUGUCCUGCAUGGCGAUUGGUUCGUGUUCUUGGCAGCUUUCAGCCUCAAGCCAUGCCAGAAACCCCGCACCUCAUGAUUGUAUUCUACCUAAUGUGAGAACGACAUCAAUAUCCAGCGGCUUGA